AUGGACAUUACCCCCUUUCAGGUACAUAUCCCCGACUCCGUACUGGACGACUUGCGGGAACGGUUGGCCCGCACCCGCUGGCCCGACGAAAUCCCCGGCUCGGACUGGGGCUACGGUUCCAACCUGGCCUACGUUAAGGAACUGGUGGAGUACUGGCGCACCACGUUUGACUGGCGGAAGCAGGAAGAAUUCCUUAACUCCUUCGAUCACUUCCGUACCAACGUUGACGGGCUGGGGAUCCACUUCAUACAGGCCAAGGGCAAGGGGCCCAAUCCACUGCCACUGGUGAUCACCCACGGCUGGCCCAGCACCUUCUUCGAGAUGCUCAAGGUCAUUCCACGUCUUACCGACCCGGCGGCCUAUGGCGGCGAUCCUGCCGACUCCUUCGAUGUUGUCGUCCCCUCCAUGCCUGGGUACGGUUUUUCGGACGCUGCCCAGGAGCCGGGCAUGAACACGGCCCGCAUUGCUGAUCUGUGGGCAAAGCUGAUGACCGAGAACCUGGGUUACCAGCGUUUCGUGGCCCAGGGCGGCGAUUGGGGAGCCAGUGUUACGGCGCGCCUGGGCUAUGCCUACCCCCAGCAAGUGGCAGGCAUCCACGUAACCGCCGUGUCUGCCGCCACUAUGUCUCCCCACCUGGGCGACGGGACACGGCCACUGUCGGAGCGGGAACAGGCGCUAAUUGAGGAACGGGCGCAGUGGCGGGAGGCUGAGGGAGGUUACUCUCACAUCCAGGGCACCAAGCCCCAGACCCUUUCCUACGGGCUGAACGAUUCUCCCACCGGUCUGGCAGCGUGGAUCGUGGAAAAGUUCCGCACCUGGAGCGACUGCGGCGGCGACGUGGAAUCGCGAUUUACCAGGGACGAAUUGCUGACCAACAUCACCUUGUACUGGGCCACUAAUUCCAUUGGUUCGUCAGUGCGCCUCUAUUACGAGUCUCAGCACAACCCCUGGGCCCUUGGGGCCGGUGACCGGAUAUCCGUUCCCUGCGCGGUCGCGCUAUUCCCGGUGGACCUGAGUCACCCACCCCGCGAGUGGGCCGAGCGCUCCUACAACGUGCAGCGGUGGACGGAGAUGCCCCGAGGCGGCCACUUUGCCGCGCUGGAGGAACCGGACUUGCUGGUGGAUGAUAUGGGGGAGUUCUUCCGGGCAAUCAGGUAG